AUGGGGCUCAAGAAGGCCGAGCCGUCCCGCUUGAAGGACCUGCUGCCCAAGAAGGACAGGUCAAUAGAGGCCGAUGUGAUGAGCAGCCACAUCCAGAAGCUGCGGAGCUUUCGGUACCAGAUGAAGAACACCUUAGCCGGAGACAACCUCGACACCGCGGAGGAGCUAGCGCAGAAGGGGAUACUCUCGAACGGGGAACUAGGCAUGAGCCUAGAGCACCGCCGCGACGGGUCCAUGUCGUUGACAAGAGGGCUUUCGGAGAAUGGGGACGGGGUUCACAUGGCGGCACCCGACCAGAUAAAGGAGGCCUUCGGUGUCCCGAGGGACUUGGCCAGCGCCAUCGACCGUCUUGAUGGCCCGCAGUCCAUGAAGAGGAGCGUGGAGCUCAUGGGGCAGUGCGUGCAGGUGCAGCGGAGUGCUCACGGGAUUAUAAUGAACGCGAUGGAGACACAGCAAGCCCUCAAGACCGCCCUCAUGGAGAAGAUGCGAUUGGUGGGUUUCCCGGUGGCCAGCAGGCCGGACGCCCGUGGGGCUGCUGCUGCGGCUGCUCCGUCGUUGGGCGAGACUCCAGAAGGCGGUGGCUGUCAUUCGACCGCACCCUUGAACGUGUCCGGCGGUGGCGGCACCAGCGGCCUCUGGCCGCAGAACCAGCAGCGGAAAUCGUCUCCCUUGGCGUCGCCAUGGCCAUCCUCGUCUUUGCCGUGUCCGCCUGAGGGCAACGGUGGUCUUGCCGCUUUCCCCGGCAACCGAAAGGGGAUAGGGACAUACGCCGGAGUGGCCAGCAUGCUGCAAGCUUCGGCCCAGAGCAUGAACGUGGCGAACCCGGUCCCGACCCAGCCUCCAGCAAACGCGCCGACAUCGACGAGAGCCGCCAUCCCGGGGGGCUCCGCGAACCUUUUUUCCUUCGUGCCCACCCCCCCCGCCGACAAAAACCCGGUGGACAAAACGGCCGCGCCUUCUUCGAGCAACGACCCCGCGACAGAAGCUGCGGCACCGUCAGAGGAAGCCGCGGGGGCGGCGGUAACGCCGGUGGCGAUGGGUGCUUCCGACGGGGGGGGGGGUCCAAGCGGCGGUGCCCCCCGAGAAGGAGGGGGGUACUUCGGGCUAGGGUUGGAAACCGGGGACUACUGGGAGACGGACAUGUUGGACGUGGGCAACGUCGCGGCGGAGGCGCUGGACGAGACCAGCCUGAGAAUGGAGAUGCAGUCGAGCAUGGACAUCCACAGAGUGAUGCGGGCCAGGCAAAAGAACCAGUUGCAGCUGCACGCACAGCAAGAGCAACGGCAGGGGCUCCAAGAAGGGGGAGGGACCAACGCCGACGGCGACGUGGGAGAUGCCCACGGCGCUACCGCCAACGUUGCUGGUAAUAGUAGCGCCGACGGGUUCGCGCUUCCCGCUCCAAGGAUACCUCCAGGCGAAGACAACAGCAGCGGUUCUACUACAGGGUCGGGGCCUACAGGCACGGCACCCGCAACAAACGUGGAAGCGGACGGCGGCCCUGCGUUCGGCGUCAACUCUACUUCUGGUGGCGGUGCAACUAACACCGCAAAGGCAAGAACAGGGGAUGGCCCGCUGCCAGCCCCCCCACCAGACAACGGCACCGCCGCAACGCAUGGAGCGGAAGCACUCGGUAGCGGCAACGGCAUGAUGACGUCACAGCAGUACGGGGUGUCUUUGCCUCGGAGUGACGGAGAUACCCCGACCUUGAUGAACGCCGACUGGAACUGGGACGAGGAUAAGUUGGACGCGCAGCUGUUCAGUUUCCUGCUGGACACCCCGCAGUCCGGGUAG